AGUCAUUUAUUGUUCUGUUAACUUGGAACGUGCUACCAGAGACGAGUAUCAAACAAAGCCGACGUGAACAUGGGGUCCGUACGCAAUAAAAGGGUUUCGAUCUCCGAAAUGAUGAGAAUACCCCCCAUCAAACCUAAAGCCCUCUUUGGAUGUAGACACGUACAGGUACUAUUCAUGACCUUCGGUUUCUUGUCCUGUUAUGCUGUCAGGGUUACCAUGUCCGUGACCUUGGAGGCGAUGACCAAUUCUACCAAAGCUAAUCCACAAUUCGAAGAAUUUCAUUGGGAUCAGAGUACCAAGGACACCAUACUGAGUUCAUUCUUUUGGGGAUACAUAUGUACUCAAAUACUCGGUAACGUCAUUGCUCAACGUUGGGGAGCUCAAAAAGUUUUGUCUGGUGCUCUUAUUAUCAACGGAUUACUGACACUUUUAGUUCAUUCUGCAGCCCAUUAUGGUGGUUGGAAAUAUGUUUGUGUUACCAGAAUUAUUGCUGGUUUUGCCCAAGGUACAGUCAUGCCGACCUUACAUACGCUCUUAUCUAAAUGGUCGCCGAGCGAUGAAAGAGGUAGAUUAGCCACAUUUGUUUAUUCCGGUGGUUGGAUUGGAAAUGUCAUUUCUCUUCUAAGUUCUGGAUACCUUUCUGCUUCCGUUCUUGGCUGGCCAAGUUGCUUUUACUGUUGGGGUAUUAUAAGCUUAAUAGCUGCACUUUGCGUCAUCAUUUUUGUCAAAGAAUCACCUGCUGAUCAUCCAAAUAUUCCAUUGGAUGAAAAGGAAUUCAUCGAAGUCAGCUUAGGUGUUACCGAGACCGAUCAGAAAUUAUCUACUCCUUGGGUCGCUAUAUUAACGUCUGUACCUGUUUGGGCUCUUCUUAUUACACAAUCGGUUCAAAAUUGGGGAUUUUGGAUGCUGUUAACUAAAAUGCCUUCUUAUAUGAAUUCUGCUCUUGGUUAUGACAUACAACAGAAUGGAACAAUGUCAGCAUUACCAUACUUGACAGCAUGGAUUCUUAGUUUUCCAUUCAGUUAUUUUUCUGAUCUUUGUAUCAGAAAGAAGAUUAUUACCUUAGAGGUUUCGAGGAAAAUAUGUAAUACUAUAGGACAAUGGAUUCCAGCCAUUGCUCUUAUUUGUUUGGGUUACAUUAACAAGGAACAACCUGAACUUGCUGUUGCAAUUUUAAUUAUUGCAGUAGCUUCGAAUAUCGCUGCAUAUUGUGGCCACAAUGUUAAUCAUAUGGAUCUCAGCCCUAAUUUUGCAGGUGCUCUAAUGGGUUUUACCAAUACCGCUGCAAAUAUCUGUGCUAUCUUAGCCCCUUUAAUAUGUAGCGUGAUCGUUCCAGAUCCGUCAAAUAUUCUUCAAUGGAGAAGUAUAUUUUUCCUCUCUGCUGGUCUUUAUAUAAUAGGAAAUCUUAUUUUCGUUUUGUUCGGUAAAGGUAAAGUACAAAUGUGGAACGAUCCAGUAAAAAAGCAAAAACAAACUACGAUGUAUCAGAUAGGAGAAAUAAUGGAAGUUGAUAAUUCUGAAAUACAAAAAACAAAUGAUCCAAAGAUUCCAUGACAAACAUAUUAUUUCAUAGAAUAAAAUGGCUUUAUUGUAAAAUAUUUCUAACGUAGAAAAGUAGAUUAUAUGGUCUUCCAUAUUGUUCCCAUUAAAAACACAGUUCCUAUAAUAGUUGUCAGUAAUGUAAUGCAAGUGACGCAAGACAAAUAAGAUGUAUUUCCUAUGGGUAUUGUCCAUAUGUAAUCUACCUCGUCCUAUUAACACGGACAAAAUAAAUUUAUAAUUAAUAAAGGACCUUAAAAUUUGUCCUUUUCGGAUUAAUUAAUAUCUUACAAUAUCAUAUGGUAUUUCUCUCCAUUUUGUCAUCAUACUGGCACAUGAUGGACAUAUAUCUACUUUAGAGACUCUAUACUCUUUAAUUCUUUCCUUGCAACCUAUAAGUAAAACAGGUUUUUUUAAAACAAUAUUUUCAUAAUCACCAUUCUCUUUAGGAUACUGGUAUCGUUGAUGAAUUGGUAAAGAUGCGGUACAUAUGCCAUUAUUUAUAAGGCUACAAAGAGUAAUAUUCUGAGAGUUUGCAUUCUCCAUGAAUAAUUCCACAUUUUUCUCUCCCACAGAGCAUAUGUUAAUCUAGAAGAUUAAUAAGUAAAAUGUAAAUUAUGUUAGAACGUUGAUGAAAAAUAUAAAGAGCAUAAUUAAUUACCUUAUCGGCCCUUCUCAGAUCUGCUAACUCAUUAAUGUUUACGUAGAGAGCCGAAGGGAGUACAAAAUGCAAUGAUAUAUAACAAUUGUUCGUAGUAAAAUUAUUUAGUUUGAUGUGAUAUGUGAAGUUUCUGUAAAUAGAAUCAGAUGAAGGUAAAGACCGAAGAAAGAUAUUUAAUUUUUCCAUUUUCUAACCUAUGAAAACCAGAACCAUCAACGUGCAACUGUACACGAGCACUUAUUUCUCCAGACACUGAAACUAAUUGAAAUAUAAAAAUAUAAACGAAAAUUCUUAAACGAUACCACAUAAUAGAAAAUAUUUUCUAUUCCUAAUAUUUAAUUCCAGAAGUUCCUAUAUAAAAUCGAACUUGAUAACAAAUACAUUAUAUAUCUUCGAUAUACAUUCAAUCUGUAAGAUCAUAGAUGGCAUCAAAGAGAUAGCAUCAAAUUUAAAAAUGAAAUUGUGCAAGAAGGAACAGAUAAAAUGUUAUAUUUUGCUUUUUAUUAAAUUUAUUCUUAUUACCAGGCAUGAUUAAAUGAUAUGGAAUGCAUUAUAUAUACAAAUUAUUUACCGGGAAUUUAUUAUAAACAUGAUUAUCAUAUAAAUAUUAUUCAAAAUUUUAAGGAUAAUGUAAAGUAUAAAAGUAAAUAACAAUAAAAAACGCAAUACUACAUAAAUAAUAUAUAUUAUUUAUCCUUAUUGAUGAUCUUCCCCUGUGGGUCGGGGACAGAAUAUACUCACAGUAUUCCCUGCUUGUCGUAAAGGGCGACUAAUAGGGGUUGAUUGUUGGGCGGCUGUCAACCGAAUCUCGUAAAAAUCCACUCGUUACGGGAACUUUAGAAAGAAAAGCCGGACUGCUGAUAAUAAAAAUAAACAGAUGAAAAUAGAAAGCUCGUGAGAAAAUAUUAAUUUAAAGGAAAAUAGAAAAGGAAUAAAAUAUCGAAUAAAAUGAAAUGAAAACGAAAAAAAAAUAUUCAUCCGUUUAUUAUAAGUAAUGCAAUGAAUGAUGUCAUAAAAGUGUAGUCGUAAGUAGACUGCAUAAUGUGCAUAAUCCAUUCGUAAUAUAGAAAAAAAAAAAAAAUAGAAUGGAAAUAAACUGGGAUAAAAAGAGUAAGAAGAGAAACUGGGAUAAAUGAGAGAGAACGAAGAAAUAAGAAUGAAAGAGAGAGAGAGAGAGAGAGAGAGAGA